AUGGCAGCCACCGCGCCGGUGAGGGUCGUCGCCUCCGACUCCCGUGGGGCGCCUUCGGAGAGGUCCUCACUUGACUGGGCGAAGCGUGUACAGGAUGCGCACCAGAAGAGGAGCCCCGAAGAGUGGAGUCGUGUCCUCAAGCAGUUGGACAGUGCCCGCGAGGUGGAACGCCAGUCUCGGAAAGCAAAGGCAGUGAAGAAGCAUGCCAUCCGCUCCCGUGCUCUGGCUGCCGAAGGGCUUCGUCAGAUGUCCAUGGCGCCCGCCUCGGAGCACAUGGCCGUCCAGACGCGAUGGCAAUCGGCGCAAUACGAGUCCACGCGGCACAGAGAGAUGGAGUGUGAGGCCUUAGACCGAGCUGCCGAUGUCGUUCUGGCGGACGAAGAGUCGGACGAGGACAAUGCGAUGGUGCAGACGGCGCAGCUCAUGGGUGCCGAGGGUGGCGCCGCUGGGCUCCACGCAUUGGGCAACGAAGGGCUGACGGAUGCGGCUCCACGCCGCCCCACUGGUGGGGUCGACGAGCUAUUGAAGCAGCUGCGGACAGAGCCCACCGACGAGACCGAAUGCGCCGCCAAGUUCAUGCUCUAC